AUGGGUGUCUCUGUGUCCAAUCAAUCUGGCUCUCCUACAGUUGACCGCGUAAAUCUUUCGCCUUUUACUAAAGAUUUCCGUGUAGGAGAGCGUCAAAGAUACUCUGACAUUUUUUGGAAGUCCUCCAGGGGACUAAAUAUCAAGCAUGUGGUGGGGAGGGUAGUCGAGGGUGGGUUCCUAGUCUUUGUUUCACAGGAAUACAGUGAACCUCUGUCGAAGUGCGUUGGCCAGUCCGAUAUUGGGGUCUUGGCUCAUGAUGCUAUUAUUACUGUUAGUUGUAGUAGUAGCGGUAACGCAACUGAGACCCAUUUGAACAGCAUUUUCUUGCCUCUUCUCGAAAAUGGGGAGUUAUUGUGCCCUGCUCUAUGUUGCAAACAGGCAGAGCAGCCAACAGUUUUUAGCUUCAGUACGCACUCAUCUAAAUUUAAGGUGUUAUGUGGAUUAACGCUAAAAAGAGAAAAGGACACUAUCCCAUUUACUCCUUUACACAAAGCUGGUUGA